AUGACUGAAGUUAAUGCAAAUAUGGACUUGAGAGUCGGAAGAAAAUAUCGUAUUGGUCGUAAAAUUGGUUCAGGUUCUUUUGGUGAUAUCUAUUUAGGUACAAAUAUUAUUAGUGGUGAGCUGGUUGCCAUCAAAUUAGAAAGUAUAAGUGCUAGACAUCCACAAUUAGAAUAUGAAGCUAGAGUUUAUAAAGCUUUAAGUGGUGGUGUUGGUAUACCUUUUGUUAGAUGGUAUGGUACUGAAUGUGAUUAUCAUGCAAUGGUUAUUGAUUUAUUAGGUCCAUCUUUAGAAGAUUUAUUCAAUUAUUGUAACAGAAAGUUUAGUUAUAAAACUGUUUUAUUAUUAGCUGAUCAAUUAUUAUGUCGUAUUGAAUAUAUUCAUGCAAGAUGUUUUAUUCAUAGAGAUAUUAAACCAGAUAAUUUUCUUAUGGGUAUAGGAAAAAGAGGUGCACAAGUUAAUGUAAUUGAUUUUGGUUUAGCUAAAAAAUUUAGAGAUCCAAGAACUCAUUUACAUAUCCCAUAUAGAGAAAAUAAAAAUUUAACAGGUACAGCAAGAUAUGCAAGUAUUAAUACACAUCUUGGUAUUGAACAAUCAAGAAGGGAUGAUUUAGAAAGUUUGGGUUAUGUUUUGAUAUAUUUCUGCAGAGGUUUUUUACCAUGGCAAGGUCUUAAAGCUGCUACCAAAAGACAAAAAUACGAUCGUAUUAUGGAAAAAAAAAUGUCAACACCAGCUGAAAUUUUAGGUAGAGGUUUACCAGUGGAAUUUGUUCAUUAUUUAAAUUAUACUAGAUCUUUAAGAUUUGAAGAUAAACCUGAUUAUAUCUAUUUAAGAAGAUUAUUUAGAGAUUUAUUUUUAAGAGAAGGUUAUAAAUACGAUUAUAUAUUUGAUUGGGCUUUACAAAAACAAAAACAACAAGUUAAGAAUGGUGCACCAGGUGAAGGUAAAAAUGAAGAUGAAAAAGAUGGUAAAGAUGAUAAUUCAAAUCAAGUUCAAGUAGCUGGUCAAACACCAAUUCAACAACAACCUCAAUUACAACAACAACCAACCAAUGGUCAACAUCAAUCACCUCAGUUAGCUCAACCACAACAAUUAGCAUCAGGUCAACAACAAAGUGCAUUUAUUGCUAAACAACAAAAUCAAUCACCAGCUGCUGAAGUUCCUCAAACUUCUAAAAAUCCAAAUACAAGAAUUAAUUAUUGGAAUCAAGAAAUUGCUGAUAAACAAGUUCCAAAAAAUUCAACUUUAGGUCAACCAUUACGUGAUAGGGUACAACAAUCACAAGUUCAACAACAACAACAACCUAUUCCAAGAGCUACUGAACCUAAAGAUGCACCAGCUCCAACUGGUAAUCCACAUUGGUUAUAA